GAUAAGGUAGCUCAGCUAUGAAGGUAGUUGGGCCUGGAAUGGUUGAUGUUGAUACGACUCUCAACAAGAAAUAGUUUGAUUACAAAAUAGUCAAUCUCCACAGCAGUCGCCACGGAAAGCUAGGAGAGCGUCAGUGCCAUUGACACAUGGAGCUUUCUGGUGAUACCAUGAGCGUCGAGCCAUACAAUUUCAUAUGUCGAGGUAAAGGCAGAUAUGGGAUAUGGGAUAUGGGAUAUGGGAUAUGGGAUAUGGGAUAUGGGAUAUGGGAUAUAAGAUAUGGAAUAUGGUGAACUCUGUCGAGAGUCGUUCAAAGUCACUAGAGUAGAUUAGGGGAGCUCAUUGCAUUCUACAAGUGCUAGAAUGAGAGUUUCCCAAGAUAACAUCAAGUGGAAGAGAAUUGGAUCAACCGAAUGAUAUUAGACUCGAGAAAACCGACAAGAUUAUUCAGGUGGUUCGCAUGUAUGGUGAGGGGGAGGCCGAGAAGAGUGAAGGGUGCGCGCCUUCCUUUUCUGCCUACAUGUACCUUCCUGUUAUAAUACACUACCUCUCUACCUACCUACUUACUUCUCGCCUCAUUUUCUUAGUCAUUCUCUUCACUCUCUCAACUUCGCACAAACCCUUUCGAUUUCACUUUCCAUCAAUUCUUCCCAUCAUCCAUUUAAAAUGUUGGUCGAAUACCAUCUCUGAUUGGAUUCUCUAUCAUCUCAUAUUGUCUUUCCCGUACAAAGUGUCAGUCCACAAUUACCUACCCAGGUAGUAUUCACCCAUUCAAUCGUCACGAUUUUCUUUCAAAUCAUCGCCUUGAAUUGGAUUUUCCCGUUUCUUUCUCGAGAGCAUUAGCUUUGAUGAACAGUUGAAUUGUGGUUGAUUGAAUGUUGAACAACACCUUCAACUUGUCCUUUCUCUACAAUUCUCUCCAUCCAUAAUCCUCCAACAGCUGUUUACAUCAGCGUGUUUCACUAUGCCAAGCAAGCAACUCCCACGUUUUGAUCGUCCUGUUCGUGCCAAACCACCGGUAAAACCACAGGUAGAACCACAAACGAAGACGAAGCAAAAGGUUAAGGGUAAGGGUAAGGAUAAGGCGAAGGCUACCGCGGAAGCUCCUAAAACAGUACAAGAACUUGUACUCAGCCAAAAUCAAAGUUUUGAGCUGGUAAAGAUUGGUGUAAACGCUGCUGUCAGCCAGUUUGUUUUUGGUAGGAAACUCUUUCCAAGUAACUGCUACAAGACCCGAAUCUACGAUGCAUACGAUCCAGACCUUACCUACGAAACUUUUAUUAACGGAACAAACAUCCCCAAAAACUUCAAUUUGAAUGAAGCUGGUGAUGAGAUCGUUUCCUUCAAUUCUGUUGUGCGAGGAACAGGCAACCCUGGCGCAGAGAAACUUCUCGAUUGGCUGGAGUUUGGAGUUGCGGAUGCUGUAAGCGAUAAAUGUUUGGCGAAAUUCCAACUUUCUGUUUAUCGAAAAGAAGUUGUCCCUGAACAGCUCGUUGAAGCAUUCACCAUAGACUUCACUUACAAAGAUGUUGAAAAGAAUCCCUAUGUUCAAAUAUCUGCUUCUUUGUCGAAUGAUAAUGGAGUUACCAUCAAUUUAGGGUUAGCACAGGAGGGGCUAAGGGACUUGAUUCGACAGGUUAUGAAUAGUUCUCGAAAUGUUCAAGGUCAAUCGGCUGGACGCAAAGUGAGUAUGCAAUUGUUGUACAAUGAGAACACACGCCCCAAGCAUGAAUAUCGAGGGUUUCGUGCUGCAUCGUCAUCUCAGAUACUUCCUGAUGGUUGUGGAAUUCUCAUGGGCCAAACGAGCAACGGUAUUCAUGGACUUGAGAUAAAGUACUAUGAUGCCCCAGUCAUCGAUACCCACUUUUCAAAAGCAACAGCUUUGAGUGAUGCGAAGGUUACCUCCAGUCGAAAACAUUUCGCAACUGUCACACGUCUCAAAUCCACAACACCAUUGGCCAAUAUGGUGAUCGAUGACAAUAGCCAGUCUUCCUUGCGGCAUAGUCAAUUAUCACAGAGCGUUGAUACACAUCAGAGCACAGUGCAAUGGAUCAAUCAGAUUGGGCACGCAAAAGGAUCUGACGAUACAGAUACACAACCGAUACCCGCCUACCAGUCAACCACCUUCGGGGGGCAUGCGGCAUCUGUUGGACCAGAAGAGCUCAGUAAUACAGUAAUUGAGGAAGCGUCGGAAGCAGUGGAGGAGGAGGUAGAGUGCGAGUGUCAAAACCAUGAUGACCGUGAAAAUUUGAUUCAAUGUGAAAUUUGUAGGAACUUCUAUCACAGUCAAUGCUAUGGCUAUAGCAAGGAGAGUGUCAGCGCAGAUUUCAAGUGCUAUGAGUGCCUUUUCGCAGGGUCGGAAUCAGACAUUCUUAAUCAGAAGAUGUACCACCUAUGUGCCCGCAGACGUAUGGUAUAUUAUCUUGAACAGAAUAGUUUCAAUGACAUGGAGGGUCUUUGCCAGUACAUGAAUAGGAACUUGAAAGAUACGCAGGCUUUGUUUAGGUCUCUGGAAACCGAAGGUUUCAUUAAGAAAUGUUCAAAGUCCUCUAAGGAGCCAUUUCGAUUCUGCGACCGCAAGAAGCUUCAAACUGAAUUGUUUGAUCCAUCCAAACACAUUUCUCACACCAAGCCUGUGGGUAAUCCUUCAUCCCAGCCUAUGAAAAGGUCUAAUCCACCACAGUUUGCUACAGCAGCUCCAAAAACCGAUUUGACCGGCAAAUCCUUAGACCAGACCCAACUUACACCAGUUGGUCGUCGUCUUCGUCGACCCGAGGGUUCGAUCCGAAGCGGCUUGCGAAGCGAAGGAAGCAGUACUCAGACCCCUAGUUCAUGGAGAAGCUUGAAUAACGAGACGUCGGGAAGAUCACCAAGAGUGCCUGCUCAAACGACCCCUCAACAGCCCAACAAACGUGCUGGUGAUGAAGUGUCGGAUAGUGCUCGCAAGAGAAUGCGAUCUGCUCUAGUAGCGACUAGUCCUUUCAGCCUCAGAUCAAAUAGUUCGCAGUGGCCUGUUACGAAGAGUCGGACAGAGAGAUGAGCGCAAUAGUCAUAUUGCCUGAUGCUCGUGAUGAUGUCUCGGGAGAAUAUGAAACGUUUUAUUAUUGAUUGAUAGUUAUUUUUUUGCUAGAUUGAGCACUAUUUCAUGUAGAUUAGCUUUGCACUCGGUCGUCACAACAUAAAUCAGUCUUCUGUGUGUAAUUUUAUGUACAAGAAAAUAAUUCCUGUGCAUCUUAAUUCAUCCGACUUCUUUGAAGGUUCAUACAGAAUGAGAUGUUUGUGUAGUACUGGUGAUUCUAAUUCAUUUUGUAUCACACAUUUUGGACCAAGUUAAGUGUGCCUAGUAUACAUGUAACGUGUGUAACAUAUGGUUGCUGGUUGUCUUGAAACAAUUGAGGUUUCAAGUGUCGGACUGUGAAGGGCCGGGAGGUCGAUCACGAAACAUGAAUGGGAUGAAGUGUACGGGACGAAUUAGGAAUAUAUGGAGAGAUACCAUACUCACGAUGAGAUCGGAUGAUGUAGGACGAGAUAAAGAGAAAUUCUAGUAUGAUAUUAUGAUUCAUGGAAGAUAAGAUGUUAUGAUGUUAUUAGUCGAUCA